AUGUCCAGCUUUCUCGAACUCUACGAAUCCGUCGAUGUUAUCGGCAAUGGGUCCUUUGGCAUCAUCCGAAAAGUCAGGAGAAAAACGGAUGGAUUGGUUUUCGCGCGGAAGGAGCUCAACUUUGAGCGGAUGAGCGAGCGCGACCGCAAGCAGAUAGUCGCCGAAGUAAACAUCCUCAAGGACCUCCACCAUGACCACAUCGUACGAUAUCACGACCGCUACGUCGACCGCGAUGCCGGAAUCCUGUACAUAGUCAUGGAGUACUGCGGCGGUGGCGAUCUCUCGACUAUCAUCAAGCAGGCGACGAAGCACAACCGGCCCAUACCCGAAGACACGAUCUGGAACUAUUUUCUCCAGAUUCUCCUCGCUUUGCAACACUGCCACCAUCCUCACGGGCACGAUCGCUCGGGGAGCAACGGCCUGGAGGGGGAUGGAAAGGAGCGCCGAGCCCAGAUAUUGCAUAGGGAUCUGAAGCCCGACAACGUCUUCCUCGACGAAAAUAACACGGUCAAAUUAGGGGACUUUGGCCUUUCCAAGGCACUCGCGCAGGCGAGCUUUGCGAACACCUAUGUUGGCACCCCAUAUUACAUGUCGCCCGAGCUUAUGCAAGGCAAGGCUUACGAUUCGAAGUCCGACAUCUGGUCGUUAGGCUGCCUCAUAUACGAACUCUGCGCGCUAAAGCCCCCAUUCCACGAAGCCAAGACCCAUAACGAACUGAACAUACUCAUCAGAAACGGACGCAUACCACCAUUACCCCGCGGAUACUCACAAUCACUCUCUGGUGUCAUCAAGGCGAUGUUAAACUUGAACCCCGCCAUGCGCCCAUCGGCAGCGCAAUUACUACAGCACGAGCGCUUAGAGCUCGCGUUCAAGACCGCAGAGACGGACAAGAUGCUGUCCGCCGUCAAGAACCACAAGGCCAACAUCAUUGCACGGGAACGCGAAGUCGUUGCACGGGAAGCCGCAGCUGCAGAGCGCGAAGCCCAGAUACAGGUCGCUUUGUCUGAGAAGGAUGCCGCGAUAGCGCAUCUUCAGCAACUACUGGCCGGCAUUCAGCAAGAGCAGGCACAGAGGUGCUAUACUCAGCAGGACGUCGAGCUCGCGAUGAAGGAGGCGGUCACCAAGCGCGAGGAAGAGCUUCGCGUUCUGGUCACCAAGCACGAACAGGAGGUCGCGGCGGCGAUGACGCGGCGAGAAGAGGAGAUCAUGGAGGCCGUGCGCACGCGGGAAGCGGAGCUCUUCGAGGCCAUGCAGGCGCGGGAGUCCCAGAUGCAGCAGGAGUAUGAGGAGCGCGUAAAGGAGAUCGAGGAACGGGUGCAGUGGAUCAACACGCGCCAGGAGGAGCUGCUGGAGGAGGAGCAGCGCAUAGACGACACGCGCACCGAGCUCGAGCGCAAGAUGAAGGAGUGGGAGGAGGCCAGUAAGACGGCGAAAGAGAAGACGCCGCUUGAAGAGGUGAAGAACUUGCUGGAGCCCCUGGCGCGCAUGACGACCCAGGAGAAUGACGGCAAGCGGGCGCGGCGGGCAGCGGAGGCGCCUACGCCUCGCCCACGACCGUUCCCGGCAAGUCCCUUCCCGGAGUUGGCGACGCCCAUCGCCCGCGUCACGAUGCCGAAGGUCAACAUGCCGCCGCAGUCUGCGAUGAAGGGUGUCGUGCUGACAGCGACCGGCGAGACGCUUGCCACGCCAAAGCCGAACGAGCUCGUCGACCUCUUCUGCAAGUCGCCGAAGGUCGGGCUCAACUUUGCGAAGAUAUUCGACUUCGACGAAGGCGAGACGGAUGAUGAUGACGACGACGAAGAGGACUCGCCGCGGCUGAGCAGCGGCAGUGCGCGGUCGGCGGAGCACCGGAACUCACCACCCAGUCCGACUUCAGGGAAGGAGAGACCACGAACCACACGCAAGCAGAGCGAGGAACGUCCGCGUACCUCAUCAUCGGCCUCUGCUGCACGACCCACAUCAUCUGCCCAGCGGUCCAACGGCGUCGCUUCUGCACCCCCGACUCGUCUUCGCCGACCAUCAAUACGGGGAAACUCGCGGCGGCCCACGAUACCGGGUCGCAGCGAGAAGACCGAGACGCUGGCCCCAUCGGUCUCUGACCCUGUAGCCCUCUCCGCGUCGGGUGAUCGUGCGACUGCGACGACAGCCUCCGCUGCAAGGAAGGCGAAGGCGCCGCCUGUCAUAUCGCGCGCAUCGACCGCACCGCCACCAACGCCGCGGUACGAUAUGAAGGAUGAGGAGAAUCUGCCGAGUCCAUUCCUCAAGCGCAUUGACCGCACCGGUACGGGUGCACCGGGCAAGGGAUUGUCAAAGCGCCCGAGCGGGGGCAACAUGCUGCGCGCGGUCGCGGCGGCCAACAGCGCGCGACGUGGAUCGCUGCCGACCGCUGGUCACGGUCUCGCGCCCGCAAGCGCGAGUGCACCUGCAGUCGCUACUGCCGACGGACGAUAG